GAGCACUAGUGGGAGCUGGAGAGGGCAAGAGGAGGGGAACAACGAAAAGAAUCCCCGACCCAAGUGGAGCGGCCGCGGUGCAGCGGGUGAGGCGGCGCCGACGAGCGGUAAGGACCACGCGAAAGGGGCGACUGCCCUACAACCCCCGAGGGCUGCUCGGUCCGCUCCGCGCCUCAGGCCGGCGGCGCAGGGAGCCUCCAGCGCUCCCCAAACGCUGAUCUGUGUGGUUUUGUAACUUGGGGUUGGUGGACAACGGGGCCAAUCGGUGGGAUAGGACGCGGCGGUGCGGGCUGGUGGCUCGGGGCAGCUGCAAGGUUCCGUCACGUGCGGUGGAGCGGCGUGAGAGCCGGCGUGCCCUUCGGGUCGGACCACUCGGCAACUUCGGGCUCGCUUUGAGGCCGCCCGAUGGAUGCAGGUUAAAGGAAGUCUGGCCGAUAAAGGAGGCCGUGGGGGGGGGGGGGGCAAACCCCGAGGUGUGUCCCGCGUCGUGACAGCGCGACGCCGGGGUGAGGACAGGGCAGGAGCAUAGGGAUAACGCCCCGGAACGCUCUCAGGGUGCAGCCACUCACUGCGACUCGGCUCCGUCCGGGAGCGGGUGUCGUUGCAGCCCGCAUCGAUCUUCCCUUUCCACGGACCGCUCGGAUGGCCGCUGACCCCGGGUAAACUUUCAGCGUACGCACUGUGGCGAAGGAUGUCUGUGCUUUAACUCAGCGCUGUGUCAAAACCCGCACCUCCGUCUGGUACCGUUGGUGGUGAAGGAUUGGUCCUUUUUCCUUCUCGUGCCUCUCACGUUUGUAUAAACGCACCGUUUUUCCUCAUCUUAUGGGAAACUGAUCUCGCCACGUGUUUGUUUGUUUGGUUUUGAGAGUGGAUCGUUUAGAACGCUUACGUUUAGAAUCAGGACGCUGAGAGGUGGGAUUGCCCACAGAGGUGGCUCACCUCUGUCAGGAGCUGUGCAGGCUCCCGCUCCCUCCUCCUGGCAGGGGCUGUAUGUACAGGGGCGGAUUCCAUUCAAAGUCACUUUAAAAGCAACCGAAAAUUCAAAGCGGCACAUUUUAUCCUUAGAGUGACGUGAUGAAUUCAUAACACACUGUAAAUUCUAUGGUUAAUAUGUUGAAACUUUGUUAUGAAACAGUUUUGCAGUUGUUUCAAAACAAGGAAUCCACCACAAUAAACACCAUGGAAGGGCCAUGAGUGCCUUCCCACAGCCUGCUGCCCAGCCCGGCUUCAGCAAACUGCUCUUGAUUUACACUUGUGCAGCUGGGGCUUUGAGGGUAGUUGUGUCUGUAUCUCCUAUUGUCUGUGUGCAUCCCUGAGCUGAUACCGUGUGGGUCAGUGUACCAAAUGCUGCAGCUUCAAGAUAGCGCUUCAGUACACACUGGAUUUUAAAGACUCGAGCAAGUCCAUUUGAAUUGUUGUGCUUGUGCCAUUGAAGUGAUGCAUGUGCAGGAUGUUUUGCCUUAUGGAGCCCCUCUCUUUGCAGCAUCAAGCCCUCAGGUCUUAAAAAAUCCUCUUAAGGGGGUAAUAAGGUAAACUGACAGAUUUGCAAAGGCUGUUCCCAGAGCCUCAUCUUUCCUGCCUGUUUCUGUCAUUCUUCCCUGUAUAUUGUUUCUUAGAAAACAAGAAGUUUGAUAUGGAAGACACAAUAUCUGUUGCCAGGUGCAAGGAAACAAUGGGACAGAGCCUGAUGCUUGGGUGGGAAAUGAUGUUACUACUCCCAAGAAAUAAUAAUAAUGCUUAUGAGCUGCUCUGUUUCUUAACUACUGGCUAAAAAGCACUUAGUGAGUAAAUUCUGUGGGAAAGGGGCUGCCUUGUUCUGCCUUACCUACACAGCACCUGAGGCAAUGAGCUGUGAGUGAGGGCUGUCUGUGUCUCACGAACAUCAUGUAGGCCAUAACCUUUGGAUAGAAUAUGGAAUAAACCAGAAAAGUCACCCUAAAACUUGUGACAGGUAUGUUCUCCUGUCUAUAGGGUCGUUGCAAGGGUAGAAUAAUGCAUAGAUCAACACACGUUAUCAUUAUUCUACUGAAGAAAUUGGUUAGGUUUUAUGGAGUAUUCAAAUCAUUCAUGCCAAAAUGACAUAGAUCACCAUAUUGCAAAUAGUGUAAAUAUUUAGCAGAACUAAGUGAAUCAGUCAUACUUAGUACAGCAGAUUAUAACAUAUAUUUUACAGACUCAUUUGGAUUUUGUGUUUAUUUUUAAUAUAUGAACUACUAUUUUUAGACUCUCUUGAACAAACUGGAGGUGUUGCUGCUGAUAGGCCAAAGUAGGAGGAAAAUGAUUAGAAAACAUUCCUGUACUGAGGUUUGCACAUGCCAAAUGGGUCUCUUCAUUAAUUCCUGCAGCAGUGGGUUUCAGACUGAGCUUGCUUCUGAUAAGUACUUCACUCUUUCUACUCUGUGUCUGGUGGAGUUAGCAAAAAUGUAACAGGGACUAUGUGAUAAGGUUUCCAAAAAGUCAACAAAUUGUAACAUUCUGAUGAUAUCUGUAAAUUAGAUUGUGCUUUUUAUCAGAGAUCUUGUUCUUUUGAGUGUGUGAAAGGAGGAAAGAUUUCUCUAUUACAGCUCCUGUAAGGGUUGGACCUUUAGUAAUAAGGAAGUGAUUUUUAGGUAACUAAAAUACUCCAUAAUGUUUGAUUACAUUAUACUGUGUUUGUCGUGCAUUACAUUACUGAGUUUACUUUUCUCUGCUUACAAUGUCAGCAACUCAUCAAGCUGUAAAGAAAUUCCUGCGUGAUCAGUUAUUCUUUAUGAUCAGUUCAAGCUAGGUUGUGUGCACACAACCAACAGCAUAUAAACACAGAGGUGCGAGGCUGAGUCUUUGCUAUUCAGGCAAUGUGUUUUAAUUCCUCCCACCUGCAGCAUGCAUUGUAGGGUUUUGAUAGAAAGCAAGUCUAAGGAAGUCUUUGUUCUUUUGCAUUGCAUCUCCAGACUGAUUCCCCAAUAGGAGAGCAGUAAGUUCCUGCUUCAGCUUCUCUCCUCAUGGGCACUGUGCUUUCAGUCCAGCUGCCUGCUUUUCUGCCUCUGGUCAGAGUGAAUAUCUCUGAGAGCUCUAAACCUUUGUCAGAUUUGGUUAUAAUUGGCCAAUAGCCUCAAAACUUGUGAGAGAGGGUCUGGCAGGCAUGUUUAUCCACAGAUAAGCAAGUCUAAACAUGUCCUUGGGAAAGCAGGCAGAAAGUUAUUUUCUAUCUGAGCCACGUGUAGAGCAAGCCCUCAUCUAGUGGGGAAAUGGCCAGCAGGAUGGGUGUCUUCGUGGGAGCCUAAAUGACCAUUUGGCCUCCUAUAUUCAUAGUCAUCUGUUGUGGCUUACAGAACUGCAGAUAUGAGUCCACAGAGUUUGAGGAGGUGGGUUCAAACCACUGAAUACAAUGUGGGGAAAAGCCUGGAGUAGAGGUGUGGGUGCAGGGAAUAAUGUCCCUGAAGAUAAGUUCUCUGUUUAAAGCUUCCAGAAAGUUGUAUUUCAAGCAGUACAUGAACUGUAGUGUGAGAUGACUUGGAUAUACACUGAUCUUUAAAAGUUUUUUUCCACAGAAAUUGAUUUUAUUAUAUGUUGAAAAUUAAUCCACUGUUAGUGUUAAAAUAUAUUGCUAGGAACCUCUACAUUUUACAUUAUUAAGCCAAAGACUGUAGUUUCUCAUACCAGCAUGAAUAAAGGCACAUACUUAAAAUGCACAUUCUUUAAAAUUACCUCAUUUUGUAACACAGAUGUAACUGUUCCCACCUGAAGGAAAAGCAAAAUUUGGUUGGAAUUCAGAAAGAGUUCACAUGUAAAGCCUAAAAUCCAGAAUAGGUUCUGUAUAAGAUUAGCCACUUAAAAGGGAAGUUUUUAAAAGGUUAAGUUAUCCAAGACUUAUUCCCUGAAGCUACAAACAUAUUUGCUCAUGCAUAACUUCACUGAGGAAUCCUUAAGUGAACAAAAUUAUGUACUUGCAUGUUUGUAGAAUCGAGACCUUAAUUAGCUCUAGGUUAAUUUCCCUUCUUCCUAAUUAAAAACACAGAGGUCAAUUAAGGAUCAGGUGAGACUUUACCUUCAUGACUGUCUUCCUUGUCAGAAAUAGGUAUUCUGAUACAUAUUUCAAUAUAAUCUCCAACCUUUUUUCCAACUUAAGUCCUUUUAUUCUUACCAGUUUGGGACAAGGAAGUAAUUGCAUUUAAAAUAGACUCUGUAAAGGUGAACUGUUGAAGUACAUGUUGUUUUUUUGGGGGGGGGAAUACCAUGGGAAAAAUAAUAGGUUUUUUCACAUUGGACUGAUAAUGUGUAUUCGAGCAGGGAUUUGCUAGGUUGCUUAUCUGUCUUAAAUAUGUGAAUACAGUUUGAUUUGUAAAUUGAGUCAAAUAUAAUUUGCACCUUCACGUGUCUGCAGUUUCCUCUUUUUCCCCAUCAGAAGUGAUGAUGAACACAAAUAUGCAUGUAGAGUGUAGUGCAGAGGGAACAGGUAAACACAGUCUGAAUCUUCGCUGGUAGGAUUUGAUUCAGCUCCUGAUGAUUGUAGGCUCUGUAUGUACGUGAGAAGAUUUGGACAGGGCAAACAAAUUCUUGCUUCUGUGCCAGCUGUGUUGCAAAGUCAGGACAGCGUAAGGAGAUAAAGCUAAUUAGCUAUUUGCAUUUGCUACUGAAGUUGGAGAAAUGGUUUUUUUCCUAUCAGGGAAUUUUUCUCCAGGCACAACUAUCUGGUAGAGUUUGUUAUAAUGAAUAUAGUAAGACUUUUGUAGCCUCCAGAAAUACAAUUAAUUUCAUACAAGCGUCACAAACUUGCUUUAUUAAUAGGCAAGUCUUGUAGGGUCUUGUUCUCCUGGAGAAUCGAAGUGGAGAAACCCUUCAAACUGAGCUGGGUCAUGAUACUUCAAAGAGAUGGCACUGCCAUAUCACUCUGCAUCUCAGUUUGCCAGGUGGGAUGCAGGCACAAAUACCCUUUAAGGUGUUCAGAGAUCCUGAGUCAAGAAAGAGGUUGACACCAAGCUUCUGCUGUUAAUGGACAGAGUGAAACUUCUGUUGCUUAGAGGACCACAUCACUACAGAUUAGGGGAUGACCUGCUGGAGAUGAGCUCUGCAGAGAAGGACCUGGCGUCCUGGUAGACAACAGUUUGGCCAUAAACCAGCAGUGUGCCCUGAUGGCCAAGAAGGCCAAUGCUAUCCUGGGGUGCAUUAACAAGAGCGUGGCCAGCAGGUCGAGGGAGAUGAUCUUCCUGAUCUUCCCCCUCUACUCUGCCCUGGUGAGACCACAUCUGGAGUACUGUGUCCAAUUCUGGGCUCCCCAGUUCAAAAAAGACAGGGGUCUCCUAGAAGGAGACCAGCGGAGGGCCACAAAGAUGAUUAAGAGCCUGGAGCAUCUCUUCUAUGAGGAUAGGCUGAGUAACCUGGGUUUGUUCAGCGUGGGGAAAAAGAAGACUGAGGGGAGAUCUAAUUAAUGUUUAUAAAUAUCUAAAGGGAAGGAUGAGGCCAGGCUCUUCUUGGUGAUGUGUAGUGAUAGGACAAGGAAUAAUGGCCUAAAAUUUGUACAUGGGAAGUUCUGUACGAACAUGCUGAAGAACCUUAUGGAAAGGAUGACGGAACACUGGAAGAUGUUUCCCAGAGAGGUUGUGGAGUCUCCUUUUAUGGAGAUAUUCAAGACCCAUCUGGAUGCCUACCUCUGUGAUCUGUUGUAGAGUGCCUGCUUUGGCAGGGGCGUUGGACUUGAUGACCUCUUGAGGUUGCUUCCAACCCUGCAAUUCUGUGAUUCUGUGACUGCUUUAUGCUUUCAUCUUUAAAAAUACCACCGAUAAUGUAUUCUUCCUUUUCUCACAAGCAUUCCUAAACAGCUGUUCAAAGCUGCUACAUCCAACACCUUGCAAAUAUUAUGAAUGUGAAAUUUUGAAUCUGCAUUGUAUUUAGGGUUUCAAAUCCAAAUAUCAUUUCUGUCUGGGAGAUGAUAAGAAAUGCAUUGACUUAGGAUUGUCAACAUGUUUUUUGUGCUCAAACUGCUGUAUGCUUCAGUCUGUGGUUUUCACAGGACACCCAUCACUGUCACAUGAAGUGAGCUUCUUAUGGCAGGAGACAUUUCUCCCACAAUAUUAAACUCGUUUUCCAAGUUUACUUUGGCACAUAUGUAAUUGAAUUACUGUAGCUAAAAAGCAAAACAAUUUUCCUCAAGAAAUUUGGAAUUAAUUGGAAUUGGAUGGUAAAUCCUGUGGAUUUAUUAAGGUUAAAUCUUUUUAAAUAGGGCAUGUAAGCUAUGCUUGCCAGCAGUACAUGAGCAGCAGUGGCAUCAAAUAGAUGCAUGCUUGUAUUUUAUGGAAGGAACAGGAUAUUUUUUUCCUGACAGCUGCUGCAGCAUCAGACAGAUCCAUAUUUCUGCAUUUACAGAGAAGAGUGAGUACGCUUCUAACUUGAAACUAAAUAAUUUCUCUCUGAUAUUUUUGUAUUGCAACAGGUUAGGCUUCUCUAUUUCCCUCUACAGAUAAAUCAGGAGAUUACACAGUGUUUUUUGUCUGUUUAGUGUGAUGGGGACGCUGCUGAGUGAGGACUGGCAGAAACCACUAGUUACUUCAAUUAAAAUGAAAGAACAUAAAAAUAACCUUUAACUGUUUUGCUCUGAAAUCUAUUGACAAGGAGUCAUCAAGCUUUUCUGUAACUGUAUCAUGGAAUUUUUCAGGACUACUUCAUUUUGAGCGAAAUUUGCUUUCUUGACAAGUGAUCUGUAUUACGUGUGAGCUAUGGUUUGAACUAGUGUAAUUUCCUUAUGGCUUGCAUGUUUUUAAGGUUUUGUGGAAGUCAUUGGUUACUUGAGAAUCAGGGCUUUCUUUUGAAAAACAGAAGCAAAGUGACAAAAAGAAGAGUUUCUAGUCCUCAUGGUUGUAAACUUCAUUCUUGUUUUUGAGGCUUGGAUCUUUGAUCGUUUGACUUGCAUGUGUAAUGCCAUUAGAUCUACUUAAUUUGUGCAUAAAUGUUUUGUUAGCUUUCUGCAAAAAAGUAGAUUUUAUAUUUCAUGCAGAACUGAUAUUUUUUUAUUCACCUUACCAGUGUCGGCAACAUGACUUGGAAUGGUGUGACAAAAUGAGAACCGGUCAGAAGGGUUCAACCUAUUUUUGUACUGCUCUUCUGCUCUCAAAUGUUGCACAUAUAUUCAAAAAUAUUAAUUUCAAUGGCAUUUCUUCCCUUAUUAGUAUUUCAGCUGUUUCUACAAACCAUUAUUGGCAUUUCUUUUAUCUUGCUGUAAAUUUAACAAAAAUUCAAACUGCCUGAAUGACUUCUGUAAAUGGAUAUGUUCUUAUGGGUAUAGUGAUUGAUACUAAAACUUUUUAAGAGUUUGUGGGCCCUUUGCAUGCGAGUAGGAGUUGUCUUACCUGUCCUGAAAAACAUUUUAAAAUGUAUUUUUGAAUGCUAGUCAUACUGAAAUACUGGCCUUGGCUCAAAGUAAGAAGUGAAAUGCAAAUAGUCCACUUGAUUAAAUGCCAUGCUCUGACAGUAGUUUAUGAUUUGAGGGCCGAGUUAAACUUUUAGAAGUGGUUUCCCAUAAAAUUAAGGACCCGAGUGAGCAAUCAUUUUGGGAAUUGUUGGAGCAUUUGAGGAGCUGCUAUGACUAGCUCUUUUUUUUUUUUUUUUCUUAAUCCUUUUUUUUUUUUUUUUUUUGCUGAGUUUCUAUCAUCCCUAGUUGUGACCUGACAUAACUCCAUAUGCUGUCCUCAAGCUAUCCUCAAACAGAGUGAGGCAACUGGGUGAGGUCUGAGUUGGACCAAUUCGUUGAGGAAGAAAUGAACUAUUGAAAAUGGUUGUGCAGGAGAAAUCUGGAAAAACAACCAGUGAUCAGGGGAUUUAAGAUAAGCGGAGGGUGGAGUUCAUUUCUUUUGUCCUUGGAAGUUGAAUAGCAGAAAGGGACAUUUCAGCUUUUCUUGAUAAAGGUUACAUCCAUUUUACUUAGACUACAAGACGAAGAUUUCUGAAAAUUAAGAUCUUUAGUUUUCUGGACAAGAUGCCCUUGCUAAGCUCCAGCAAGUUGAGCGUGGAGAGCAGAAAAGAAGAUGGUGAGGGCACAGCACCUGCCCCUCCACAGAAGAAGCUGUCAUGUCAGUGCCACCACCAUUGUCCUGAGGACUCAGUCAACAGCACCUGCAGCACUGAUGGCUACUGCUUCACCAUAAUAGAAGAAGAUGAUUCUGGUGGACAUUUGGUCACCAAAGGAUGUCUAGGAUUAGAGGGCUCGGACUUCCAGUGUCGGGACACUCCUAUUCCACACCAAAGAAGAUCUAUUGAAUGCUGCACAGGCCAAGAUUACUGUAACAAACAUCUUCACCCAACGCUGCCACCACUGAAAAAUCGAGACUUUGCUGAAGGAAACAUUCACCAUAAGGCCCUGCUGAUCUCGGUGACUGUCUGUAGUAUACUACUGGUGCUUAUCAUCAUAUUCUGCUACUUCAGGUACAAGCGGCAAGAAGCCAGGCCCCGCUACAGCAUCGGGCUGGAGCAGGACGAGACCUACAUUCCCCCUGGAGAAUCCCUGAAGGAUCUGAUCGAGCAGUCCCAGAGCUCAGGCAGCGGCUCCGGGCUCCCUCUCCUGGUUCAAAGGACCAUAGCAAAACAGAUUCAGAUGGUAAAACAGAUUGGAAAAGGUCGCUAUGGGGAAGUCUGGAUGGGAAAGUGGCGUGGCGAAAAGGUAGCUGUCAAAGUGUUUUUUACCACGGAGGAGGCCAGCUGGUUCAGAGAAACAGAAAUCUACCAAACUGUCCUGAUGAGGCAUGAAAAUAUUCUCGGAUUCAUUGCGGCAGACAUUAAAGGCACAGGCUCUUGGACCCAACUGUAUCUCAUCACUGACUAUCAUGAGAAUGGCUCCCUUUACGAUUACCUAAAAUCCACCACCCUGGACACAAAAGGCAUGCUAAAAUUGGCUUACUCCUCUGUUAGUGGCUUGUGCCACCUACAUACAGAGAUCUUCAGUACCCAAGGCAAACCGGCUAUUGCCCACCGUGAUCUAAAAAGUAAGAACAUCCUGGUGAAAAAGAACGGAACCUGCUGUAUAGCAGAUUUGGGCUUGGCUGUUAAAUUUAUUAGUGAUACAAAUGAGGUAGACAUCCCUCCAAACACCCGCGUAGGAACAAAACGCUAUAUGCCUCCUGAGGUGCUGGAUGAAAGCUUGAACAGAAAUCACUUUCAGUCGUACAUCAUGGCUGAUAUGUACAGCUUUGGACUCAUCCUUUGGGAGAUAGCCAGGAGAUGUGUGUCAGGAGGAAUAGUGGAAGAAUACCAGCUCCCAUAUCACGACCUUGUCCCCAGUGACCCCUCCUACGAGGACAUGAGGGAGAUUGUGUGCAUCAAAAGGCUACGUCCUUCAUUCCCCAACAGAUGGAGCAGCGAUGAGUGCCUGCGGCAGAUGGGGAAGCUCAUGAUGGAGUGCUGGGCCCAUAACCCUGCAUCCCGGCUCACAGCCCUACGAGUCAAAAAAACACUUGCCAAAAUGUCAGAGUCGCAGGACAUUAAGCUCUGAUGGAGCAAAAACAGCUCCUUCUCGUGAAGACCCAUGGAAACAGACUUUCUCUUGCAGGCAGAAGUCAUGGAGAGGUGCUGAUAAGUACCCUGAGUGCAGUCAUAUUUAAGAGCAACUGUUUGUUUGACAGCUUUGAGGAGACUGUUCUUGGCAAAAUCAGCUGAAUUUUGGCAUGCAAGGUUGGGAGAGGCUUAUCUGCCCUUGUUUACACAGGGAUAUACAGUUUUAGUAACUGGUUUAAGGUUAUGCAUGUUGCUUUCCGUGAAAGCCACUUAUUAUUUUAUUAUUAUUGUUAUUAUUAUUAUUUUGAUUGUUUUAAAAGAUACUGCUUUAAAUUUUAUGAAAAUAAAACCUUUGGUUAGAAGUUAAAAAGAUGUAUAUUGUUACAUUAAAAGAAGAAAAAAAAAGGAUGAAACUGUGCUGAAGAUGUAAGCAAAGCGACUUUCUCAUUUAUAAUGAAACUCUUGCACUCCAGCAUUUAGAAAAAGAGAGGGUCUGAGCACCUCGGAGAAGCUACAGUGGAAAUCAUCCUGAAAGCCACCUCCCUGGCAUCGUCCCACAGCCCUGUGCACGUUGGGGGACUGUCCUGGCGCAGAGAGAGCCUGGUUACAUCUCUACUAUAUUGGAUGUGGGAGGCAGAAUUCUUGCAGGUGCCUCCCUCUGGGGAGGUUGCAUCUCAUUUAGGAUCACCCGAAGCCGUUGGGACACAGCUCCAGCAUGAUGCUGGGACACCUCGUGGCAGCUGUCAUCUCACUGAGGGGUUGAUUCUUAGCGUUCAUCCCAAAGCCCCUCUUCACUCCUAGCAUCACCAGGCACCAGCUGGAAUGCUGCAGCAGAUAUGCAUUUAAGACCAUACUUUUAAGGCACCACACAUCGAUGAGCAUUUUGACAUGAAAUUAUUGCUCAUUUUGAUGGCUUUUCAGCAGCCUUGAAGCCUGCACACUAGCGACAGUUUCCACCACCAACCUGGGACUGCAUAGCAUCUCACUGGUAAGAGUUCUUAGAGGAGAAGAGCCUCAGGAAACACAGUUAUCUCUCUCCCUUCCUCCGUCCUACAGCUGCAGCAGUUACUGCAAUGUAAAAACUGAAGAGGAAAUGAGAGGCAACAGGACAACAGAAUUUUCCCUAUGAAGUAUUUUUCUAUGGAAAGGCCUCUGCUCUUCAUCAGAUGAUCAAAGCUGAGCUGUAUAGGAGCUACCAUUUUACACUUUAUUUUAUUAUUUUUUUUUGCCCUCCCAUGUCCUGUUUCACAUGGUAGUGUUCUGUUUAAUUUUGGAAUAGAUCCUUACAAAUACUGCUUUGAUUAUGCUAAAACUAUGUCAGAAGUAAAAUAAUUGCCACAUUGGAUUUAUCCUUAGCAUUUAUGUAAUGCUAUCUUUUUUCCCUUUUUGGACAAAACUGAUUUAUUUGCAGUAGGUAGGUAAAUAUAAUUGGGGUUUAGCUUCAAGGAUCCCUGAAGGUAUUUCUAGUUUGAAAAAAUUACCAUUUAAUUCUUUCAGGCUAAUGGAGAAACGUGUGUGAGAUUCAAGAGAAACAGCGAGACCUGCAUGAUUAUAGGUGUUAAAGUUUAAUCAGAGGAUUUUCAUUAAUUAGAGUGGGUUUUUUUUGCUUUUUUUUUUUUUUUUAAUUUUUUGCUUUGCAGUUUCCCUGCCUGUACCCAAAAAUACCAAGCAACACAAAAAGAAAAUCUCUGCAAACUAACAGUAAGCCAAAUCCAGCCCCAGAGGGGGAAUGCUGGAUUCCACUGUCUUUAAUAAAUAGAAUACUUGCAUCAAUGAGACCUGAGUUUGCUGCUCUCUUUGAGUGCCUUAUUUGAAGGUUUGUGGUCAAAAAAAUUACCUUUUUGUGUUAGGGACUUGACUCAUAGAGUUUCCACAUUAAUUCAUUUUACCUUUUGCCUUCGUGCCCUUUGCCUUAUGAAACAAACACAGUCCCAAAGGGGCUUGGAAUUUUUUGCCCUGACAAAGAGAAUGGGUCCUGCUAUGGCUGGUGAGGGUGUAAAACUCAUGGAAACAGGGACACUGUUCUGAUUUUCAUAGCAGUAGGUGGUAGACUUGGCUGGUCCCACACAUGGCACCUGCAAAUCCAGUCCUUGCAGGUCCUGGGUAAGCAGUCAUGCAGCAGGAAACCUCUCUCCUGCUCUGUUGUGUUUUCCUCAAAUAUGUUUUUUUCCCCUUUAAUUUAAUGAUGAUUUAUUUCCCCAAAAGUGUUUUGGAGGGGGUUUUGCUGGCUGGUGCCUCCUGCCAAUGAUUUGCUGGACACAAUGGCUCUCUGAGACAUGUGCUGUCAGUGUGCUGUGAAAGUGUGCUUGUUCUCUGAACAAGUCUUAUUUUUUCAGUCCAGAAGAGAUCUGAGAUACUGGUUGAUAGGUUACAUAAAGUGUCUAUGUUAAGUGUUCAAGUUAAUGUUUAGGGCUUUAUAUAUAUAUAUAUAUAUAUACAUAUAUAUAUAUAUAUAUUCAGCUGGGUGUCUGGAAUAACUCCAGUAUGUGGAUUAAGAGUAAAAUAUUAUGGAUGGUAAAGCACUAAAUAAAACAUAAUAUUUAUUUAUGAAAAUGCAUAACUGACAAAUCACUGCAACGGUGCUAUUUAGGAAAAUAAAUAUAUAUAUAUGUGUAUAUAUAAAUGUGGAGACACACACCUGAGAAAGCAGAGGGUCUGCGUUUAUGUGAGUAACUGCUCAUUUUCUUCUUAGACCCAAAAGGCUGAAUUUUCCCCCUUGAAUUUCCUACCCACUAUAAUCAAUGACACUAUAAAGGUGUAUUCCUAAGACCUGAAAAUGGCUUAAGGCAAGCUUGGAAGUCAUUUCUUUUAGCACAGUGACAUUUGAGUUGCUGGCUGCAAGGUUGACUUUAUGCAAUACUCUAAAUGAAGUUAUUACGGUUUUAAGGUGCCCAGUGACACAUCUUAGUACAUUUAUUUUACCAUUUAUAGAUGUACAAUGGCAUUUCCAGAUUUGGUAGUUUCACAGCACGCGUUGAUUUGGGCUUGGAAGUCAGUGGUAAAAUUAAUUGGGGUUUUAAUGCCUUCAGGUUUGGUAAUCCAGUUUUCUAAUGGGGAAGGUUUAGUUUAGUGACUUACUGGCAUAGACAAGAUGGCACAGGGAGACGAGGGAAAAAAUAGAACAAAGAGGAAGAGAGAGAUGCCAUCUAGCAACUGCUAUCCUUUCUCUAGCAUACAGUUAUUUCUAUUAAAGAAAAGGUUGAUGUAAAGACUAAGAAACUAAUUUGUGUUCUUUUUUGAGAACCAGUGCCUUAUUAAACCUGUAAAUACUGUAAUUAGAAAGCCUGGGGAACACACUGUUCUGUUGUAUUUGUUCAAAUUGUAUAUGGAUGUUUUAACAUUCCCCCAAAUAAAAUUGUUUCCAUCUCCCCAUGAAA